AUGCCUGCGGGCGCGGGGAGGCACGGCCUCCCCCCGGGCCGCCGCCUCUGCUGGCUGCUCUGCGCGCUCGCCUUCCAGCUCAGCCAGGCAGCGGCCCCCGUGCGGGAGGAGAAGCUGUCAGUGAGCGCCGCGAGUUUGCCGUGCUGGAUGGUGGAAGAGUUCGUGGUGGCAGAGGAGUGCGCCCCGUGUUCUAGUUUCCAGGCUAAAACCACCCCUGAGUGUGGUUCCACAGGGUACGUGGAGAAAAUCACGUGCAGCUUAUCUAAGAGGAAUGGGUUCAAAAGCUGCCGCUCGGCUCUGAUGGAACAACACUUAUUCUGGAAAUUUGAAGGGGCUGUCAUGGGUGUAGCCUUGGUCUUCGCUUGCCUUGUCAUCGUUCGUCAGCGACAGCUGGACAGAAGGGCUCUGGAAAAGGUCCGGAAGCAAAUCGAAUCCAUAUAG